GGUCGGGAUUGUGGUAAAGAGGCUCGUCGGGAGGAUAGCGGGCCCGAGGGCUGGCCGCUCCUCCUUCGGAAGCGGUUUUGCAUCUCUUUCUGCCCCGCGGCGUCGGCGGCGUCGGCGCUCACGCAGGGGCGGGUCACGGCGGCGCCGAGCGGGGUUGGGCGGGAAGGGAGGUCGCGGUGGCGGUGGCGGUGUCGGCGGCAGGGACAACAGCCACAGCGGCGGCCACGGGGGCAGCAGCAGCGGUGGUGCUGUCAGUGAGGCCGUCGGAGAAAUGGGAGACCCCGGGCCGGAGAUAAUAGGAUCUGUCCCUCCAGCUGGGCCUGGGGCAUCUGAGUCCACAACGGAUGAAAACGAAGAUGACAUUCAGUUUGUGAGUGAAGGACCAUUAAGACCUGUUCUUGAAUAUAUUGAUUUGGUCAGCAGUGAUGAUGAUGAGCCUAGCACCUCUCAUAGUGAUAGAAUGCCUGAGUCUAAGGUGCCAUCCUCUGAGAAUCAUCGCCCAGAAAUGUGCUCUAGCUGCAAUGUUCCUCUUCCCAUUGGAGACAACAGCUCCUCUGGGAGUUGUACCAGCAGUCCACAGAGGAUAGUUUCUCAACCUUCUUCUGUUGAGAACCCAUUGGAGAACCAAAAAAAUGAUCAAAAUAAUUCAGAUUUUAAGAUCUCUGAGACAGAUACACUUAAACCAUCACAAAAUUAUCAGAAUCUGCCUUCAUCUCCUCUUCUGGUCCCCCAAGAAUCUUUGGCCUCUUCACAGGUCAAGGAGGAUUUACCACCAGAGUCUUCAGUUUCACAGCAUGGACAGGAUGCAAUCCUCUAUCUCCAGACACAAGUGGCUGAGAUGUCCCGAGUGAUACGUGAUCUGCAGUCCAGAAGUUGUUUCAGAUUUCAUCAUUCUAGGCCAAGUGAGAACUCCUCAGUUCCUUGGGACAUCACCUCCAAGGAAGAGAACUUAUCCACAGUUGAAGAAGAAGUAGAUUGCAAAUCCCCCUCAGCUGAUGACAAAGGACAGCCCACGGAUCCCAGUCAGACCAGUUUCACAGGUCUUUUGAAGAGAAUGGAACAGAGAGGUGUUAUAAAGAGAGUAACUUUACAAUCUGAAGCAGAGUCAUGUGAUGGGAAACCUGAUUGUGUGACUUCUAAAAAACGUCUGGUUCCUCCGCUGCAUCCUCUUCUGAGAAUUGCCACCACCGAGGUUUUUAAAGACCCUGCUGAUUGCCAUCCUUCUUCUUUCAUGGGACACAGGGUAUAUCCUGUGGCCAAGGAUACCUCUCCUUUUCAACCAAAUCCUCCAGCUGAGGGUCCCAUUGUAGAAGCAUUAGAGCAUAACAAAAGAGGAAGCACAACAUCUCUUCUAGAUUCUACCUCAAAGGAAAUGGAGGUCAUGGGUUGUAGAUUUUACCAUGCUGCUUCCAUUGCAGCCCGAGCUGCUAGCUACAUGGCCUAUAUGACUCAAUAUCAACGUAAACUCUGGGAAGACAUGGAGGAUCUGGUCCAUGACCCAGAGUUUGAUCGCGGAAAAGCAAGAUGUAUAAUAUCUGAUGGUAUGGAUGCAGGCCUUUGGCAGCUUUGUACUACUAGGGACAUAAUGGACUCUGUAGUCAGAGUUAUGGCAAUGGCAGUAGACUACAGAAGGCAAGCCUGGCUCCGACUUACAUCUCUCACUAAGAAAACCCAGGAGAAAAUCUCACACUUGCCCUUUGAUGGCACUUCCCUCUUUGGACAAGAUGUGAAUGCUGUUGUUGCAGAAGAAAACAGUAUAAAAGAAAAUGACUAUAAAGACCACCACAAAUAUUAUAACCAACAUCGAUACUUUUAUAGUCAUGAUCAGAAAGCACAUUAUCACAGUAGAGGGUACUCCAAAGGGGAUUGGUACAAGUCCCGAAACCACCCCUAUAGAUACAGAAAAAAGGGAGAAUCUCCAGAACGCCACGGGUACAAGAAUUGAUAGCCUGUCUGUUUAGCAGUAUAGCCAUCCAACAUCCUAAGUAUUUCACUUGCUCUUCCUGACUUAAACAGAUCUACAUGUAGGAGGUCACCUCAAAACGGAAUGCAUGUAUGGAAUUGCUUUAGCUUACAUUUAAAUUCUAGACUGUUGGAAUGAAUUAUAUAAUAAAUUAUGCUUAUUGACCAAGUAAGCAGUGGAGAUUUUUCAUCUAAGUAGGGUUGGACAAAGAUUUACCCAUUAUUUCUGAUUCAAAGUAAGUACAGAGGAAGGUGCUCAGGAAUCGGAAUCCUCUUGUGAUCAAAGCAAACUAUAAAGAUUUAUUCCUCAGGAAAAUCUUGCUGGUAAAUUGAGGACCAGCAGAUUUAUGGCCUGGAAAUAACCCACUACUUACACAGAUCUCUGUUUAACACAGAGGCAAGUCCUUCAUUUUUAGUUUAACAGUGCUUCCUUGUUCAGGCUUUGCUUGUCAGAUCUUUACAAAAUGACAAAUCUUUUUAUAUCAGGAUGAACUCACUGAGUGCAUACAACUCAAGCUCUGUGAGACUUCAAAAUCAACCAUGAAGCUGUAUAUCAAGAACUGGAAUUCAAGUCCAAUUUUGCCAAAUCUAGUUUGCUUCCAGUGGGAUGACUAAAUGUUACAGGCCUACAGUGGGCACCAGCUGGAAAAAGACUUUUUCUACCUAUACUUUCUAGAAUAAUUUCACAGUUAACUAUCUUCAUCAAGACUGGUUGCUAUCAUACCAUUAUCACUCCAAGUUACAUAUGAGAGCAUUCUUAGUUGUUGCCACUUAUAAGCAUCUGACCUAUUAAACUCGUAUCAAUCACCAAGUUGUGAGACCCAGUAAUGGUGUUCUCUCAGGAUAAUCUGGACCUUUCACCAAGAUGACCUUCUUAAACCCAUCUUCUAAACAGUUAAAUUUUUUGAACUUGAUAAUUCAUCACACUUUAAAUACAAAACAAGAUAUGUGUAUUAGUGACUGGAAAUAAAAGAUGUUACACCAUCCAGGCAUGCAAAUCUGAACUCUAAAAAGAGCAAGAAUUCCAAACAUGCCUGACAAUCCAGUUCUCUUACUGUAAUAAAGAGGAAUGCCAUCAAUUGAUGCUAUUGAGAAAUCCAUAAGUUUUAGUCUAAAUGUUGAUAUAGUAAAGAGAACAUCUCACAUAGUUCUGUUUCUGGAUAUCUAUCUAAAUGAUAUAUCCUUUAAUGAUAACUUAAAAAUCUGAAAUCAAGACUUCAGUGACAUGUUCUUUGUUUAUUGUUUCCUUAACCUAGUCAGACUUUUACCAUGAGAGACGACCGUGGUUUAAUUAAUAGUUCACUCUCCUGGAACUAGCAGCAGAUACCUCAAAUACAUGUCUCACAGUAUCUUUUCAAUCUCAAGGGAGUGGCUGUACUGUAUACCAACCCUUAGAUCCUUGUCUUCGCAGCAUGACUUCAGAAAUGGAGAAAAUUGUCAAGUUUGAAGGGUCUGAAUACAUGACCCAUUAUUACUUGCUUUGCAGCCAAAAUAGUUUUUUUUAAUUGACAGACUUAUAACUUUGUAACUUGUUUGUCAAAUAUCUACAUCUUUUUAUCUGCUUGAUUGAAAUAUUUUGGGUCUACUGUUAGUGGGAUAUAAUACUGUUUUAGUUAGGAUUCAUGUGUUUUCAGUUUCUUGCCAUAGUUCUUGUACAGUGGUAAUUGACGGUUUUCCUAGAGCCCCACUUUUUAAUAAUUUAUUAGAAUCUCAUUCUUUCUCUCCAUCAUAACCAUAUUCAGCACCAUAUUUGUGUUAUAAGGUUGAAGAGGCAAAAAAUUCCUACUUGAAAGAAGUUAUUUACUUAGAUACUUCGAGUGUAUUGUUUUAGUCCUAUUUGUAGUUUAAGUCUAAACUACAGUCUUGAGAUCAUCAUCUUGAAAGUUUGGUCAUAUCUAUGGUUCAUAUUUACCUUUUUAUUUCUGAAUUUCCGUAAAGUUUUACUUCUACUACUUUAGAUUCAUUCCAGUGCUGUAGAAAUUGUCUUUCAAAUUGAACUCUAGAAGAGCAUUAAUUAACUGCCUAUAAAGAAACCGAGGCCUAAAAAAUCAUACCAAGAGUUUAAUAAUACAUGAUAUGUACUACCCCAAUAAAGUAGUCUUAUGUGCCAUCAACAUGGGACUACAGUUUCUUCUGUGAAAGGACUAGUCACUGGUGAGAGAGGCAGACCUUGGAACUGUUCUGUAUGUCUGCACAUAGGUGUUCCAAAUUAGCUAAGACUACUUUAAACUGCUCCCACUUUUCCUUUCUUUCCCUGAAUUAAAUUCUUGGCCACAAACUUGAUUUUUGAGGUAUUCUUAUUUUCCAGAAACCAAGCCAAACUAAAUGAUGCUUUAAGUAUGAUUUUCUGAAAUUGUGUUGGCACUUCUGCUUAAUAUGCUCCUCCUUUGUAAUUUUUUAUUGUGGUUAAAAAAAGAUAACCUAAAAUUUACAGCCUUAUCCAUUUUUAAGUAUAGUUCAGUAGUAGUGUUAGCUAUAUGUACAUUGUUGUGUGUAGCUCCUCCUUUUUUAAAUAUUUCUAAAACAGCAUUGCUAUUCUCUUCCUCCUGUUAUGUUGCUCAAUAAUAAAGCUGAAAACAUUGCUUUAUCACUCUCUAAUUGCUAUGUCCAAGUCUCUCCAGGAGAUUUUCCUACAAGUAAAAAGAUUUAGAAAUUAUUGAAUUUUGGUAAUCAAGUAGGUAACAUCUGAAGGGAUUUGACAAUUGAGUGGGGAUGGGGACAAAAUGCUAUAGAGUUAGGACAGUUUGUAGUUAUAGAUUAGCUUCUUGACUACAGAAGAAACAUUCUUAACCUGUUUGACUUUUUGUUAUUUUAAACUUUCCCUGACAUACUUGAAUGAUGAUGGUGUUAUGAAACAAAAAAUGAGGAUUUGGUCUACUGAGACUACCCCAGUAGCAUAUAGAACUCAUAAUUAGAUAAGUUUUCAUAUGUGCCUGUGAUGUGCAGAGCCUAUGACAAAAUUCUCCAUUAGGCUAACCUCUUAUGUUUAAACACUUUUUGGUUUUCUGGGAGGCCUUGGAAUAAUUGUAAGUUAAUAAUUUGGUAUUUUCAAAAGGGAUGUAUCUAAUGAUCCUUUUUCUUCAAAAUGUUAUUUCUUGACUAGACAUAAAAUAUAUGUGGACACAAUAUGAUUUCUUGUAGUUCUGUGUAUGGAGAAAUACUGUUUCCAUUAAUUGUUAUAUGAAGUGCCUUUUAAAAUUUCACACAUGUUUAAAAGUUAACAUUUUGAUGUCUUGCAUAUGUUGCUGGUGAUAAGUGAAUUUUGUACAGUGAUUUUUAAUCUUGUAGUUUAUUCAUUUGUAUAAUUAAUUGCACUAUCUAAAUGUACUCUCCUUCUGAAUGUUUUUUGGUUUUUUUAUAGCACUGUUUAUCCAUUUCAGAAGGUUGUAGAGUAUGUCCCUCCUUUAUUUAAAUAACUUCACAAUAGUACAUUUUAGUUAAUAGUGAUUAGCUCAGUUUUGGGGGCAUUAAGGCAGCUUUGAUUUCUAUCUGUAGAUUGUAGGCUUUCUGAUUGAGUCAUUUGUCUCCUAUCUAGCCAUGCUAACACAACUUCCAUUUGACAUUAGGAAAAAGUAGUAAAUUUGCUGACACUUUAUCUUUCUAUUUUUUCUUAAGACUGUGUGACAGCUUCCUUAUCAUUUAUAAUUGCAAUUUAAACUUUUUAAAAUUGUGUGGCACCUUCUUUAUCAUUAUAAUUUCAUUAUUUACUUAGUCCUCAAAAUUGCAUUUAAGGGGAGCAUAAACUCUUUCAGCCUACUUGGAUACUAUUUAGUAUAUCACAUUAGUACUGUACUGAGUGAUCUGAUGAGUAAUGUCUUUGAGGUCCCAAUACAUACAGGAUAAAUUCUCAAUUACCAAAUACAAGGAGGUUGGAAUAGGCACAGUCCAGAAUCCCUUCUAGUUAUAAAAUUGGAUACAGUGUUGAAUGACAUGAAUAGCAUUAAAUGCCACAUUCAGUAUUCUUGAGGAUAUAAUUAAUUGGGAUUCUAAUGAAGGGCCAAAAUUAUGGAUUAGAUCUUUGUAGAAAGAGUUUUAAAGAUUGCAAUAACUGAAAACUUUUUUAAAAAAUGUGAGGCAUAUUUUGCCUGUGACUUGCACUAUUUAGGUUUCCUCAUAUUUUGAAAUUUAUAAUUUUUUACCUAAUGCUAACCACAAGUCCAAUUGUCAUAUCUGUAUGCAUCGGCCAAAUCCAUUCUAUAUAGUUUUUCAUUAGUGGAUACACUUAACAAAAAUAUACACGUGGAAGUUAUCAGUAAGCUGAUGAUCAUUGCAUUGAAUGAAAAUAUUUGUUAUUUUUUUCAGAUAGAACAAGUUUUAUAAGCCAUUAAAAUGUCCUUAAAGGAGUUUCCCUUCCUGACUGAAUGAGAAUAUUGUUUUAUUAAAUCUUUUUUCUCUUGAUUAGUGGAAUGGUAUUUUUGUACUAUUUUGUCUUUUCAUUUGCUUGAUUUUAUAUAAUGAGAACUUUUCUAUAGUAGUGUUUGAUAACAUUGAAGUAUCUUAUUACUGGAAAUUAUGUUUGCUUCUAGUUGGCUAUCACUGGAAGCAAUCACAGUCCAACCAUGACCUUUUGAUGGUAGCAUAUCAGUUCAUUCUUUGUAUUGCUCUUUUCUUCUUUAUGUAACAUCUCUUAAUCUCUUUGAUGGAGGUUAUAUUUUUCAUUCUACCCAUAGAACUAGCCAAGAUUCUACGGCCAUACCACUCUGAACGCGCCCGAUCUCGUCUGAUCUCGGAAGCUAAGCAGGGUUGGGCCUGGUUAGUACUUGGAUGGGAGAACUAGCCAAGAUUUAAGAUAUUUUCUAGUUUUCUCUUAUAUUGUCUUAAAAAAAGGUAGCGAGUCCAGUCUCUUAAACUACUCCCUCUCUAUUGAACCUUCAUUGGUUUUUAAUGCUUUCUUGUUUAAUGGUAGUAUUAUUUUCUCAUUUUUAUAUAUUCUUCACACAAAUGUAUUAUUACAUGUAGUUUAUGGUCAAUUGCAUCUUUUCUCUGUAUAAAGAUUUUAGUCCCUUCAUGAAUUUAUAGUAUAGUUCUGAGAUGUGUACUCUAUCUUAAAGUUAGCCAGUUUUCUCUAGGUCUUAAGGGCUUUACUGAUUUUGUUGAGGUAACUGUCCAUUUCAAAUGGUCUAUUAGACUUUCUGAUGCCUUGCUAAGAAUUCAACAAGAGUUCUCAGGUUGUCUGUACUUUUAGGACUUAGGAGCUCUCUCAAGUUGUAUUGAGUUUUCAAAUAUUCCUGAAAAUAUUUCUUGGUAGGGGUGAAGUAAGUGCUUUAUAUCUUGUAAUAAUUUUUAAAGUUUUUCCUCUGACCUUAAAUAUUUCAAGGGUUGUUUUGAGUUUUGUUAGUUGUCCCUUUAUAAGACUAACUUUGAGAUGCUGUUUCUCCUCCCCCCAGGAGCUAUCAUAUGCUUUCUGUUGUUGUUUUCCCCCCUGGCCCAUAAGAGUUGUUCUAUCACAGCAUUCAAUUUUAAGGGCUACAAUUAGACCUCUUGUUAACUCCCAUUUUUAUUUAUGAUGACUAUGUUUCACAAUACUUUCAUUUAUAAUGUAAUGUGCUAAAAUAUCUAGUUGGUUUGCAGUCAGCUUUAUCUGUUCUUAUUUUAAUUAGUGGUGCAACAAUGAUGUAAACGUGGGGGGAAAACAAUUUUUGUCACAAGUUUUAAAUUUUCAGCUCUAUUUUUAAACAUUUAUUUACAUUAAGCUUCCUGCUGUUAAGUGUGCAGACCAUUCUUUUCUGUAUUGGGUGGAAUAUAGUUAAUUUGUAAUAGUCUCAUUUAGAAUCUGAGCAUAGAGUUGCAUGCAUGUUGGUCUUUGUUUAAUAGCUUGUAACAGCACCUAUUUUCUUUUACUUUUGGCAAAAAUAUAUUUUGAUAGAUCUUGGAAGCACCUUGAUAGCCUUGAGUCUAAUUGUCAUCUGCCUGAGAAGGAAGUAGAGGAGAGAAACUUCACUUAUAGAACUUAUAUUUACUAGAAUGCUAGAAGGCACUUGCAGACAUUCACCCUUAUUUUGCAGAUGAGGAAAUGAAAUUUACCAAUAAGCCACUUGCUCAAGCAGCAGAAUUGAGCUUUGAAUUCUAUUCCUUCAUAGUCUCAAGUCAAUUGUACUAGGCUGCCUCCCUGUAUAUUUCAAGGUCCCACUCAGAUCUUACCUUUCUGAUUAGCUAAUUUGAGAUAUACUAAUCUUUGUCUUCCAUGAUACACACUAAUCUUUGAUAUAUAGUAGUAGUGUUUGUGAUUAUAUAUAUAUAUAUAUAUAUAUAUACUCUCAACCCUUAGUAUUUGAUGCCUUAUAUUAACUAAUUCCUGGUUAUUUGGCUUGUCAGAUAAAAGACUCUAACAUCUUAGUUUUCCCAUUGAAGUUUUACUGUACUAGACUAUGAUUAUUCUUGAUGCAUAGUCAUUGGCUUCUCUUUCAUAUGUUGCUUAUUUGCGUCAUAUUUAUUUUCAGCACUGAUUGUUUAAGUCGGGUGGGGAAAGUCUGGCCCUGGGGCCAUAUAAGGCUAUGAAAUCAUUUGGUCUGGCUCUGCCAAGGCAUUAGGGGUGAAUUAAUUAAAUGUUUGGCCAAAUAAAGCAGGCUAAUUUUUAAGUUGGUAAUUUUGUAUGGCCCAAGACUGAUGUUAUAAAUAUCCAAAUGGCCCGUGGCAGAAAAAGGUUCUCCACCCCUGGUUUAAGUAAUGGUUCUUACUGCUUUUUUUUUCUUUGUUCUAUCUUUUUUGUUUGUUACACCCAUUUUGUUUGAGAUAUACACAAACAUUUUUUUACUGGUAACUUGAGGAUAUUGGCUUAUUGAAAGGAAGGUAGAAUGAUGCAAAGCACGUGGUAUUUGAAUUUCAAACACCUUGACCUGAGUAUUAACAAGGCACUUAUUUUCUGAGCCUCUGUUUUUCUACUUUCAAGUGAGGUAAUGCCUAGAAGUACUUUGAAAAGUCGAAAGCCCAAUAUAGAUUUUCUUCAGUAGUUCUGCUAUUUCUGUCCAUAUUGGUAGUUUCUUGUUACUGUGGGAUGGUAUUGGAUAUAAAUACAGAUACACUUUAAGAUGUAUUUAAUAGCAUGUAAUAGUUUCGUGUCAUCAGAUUAUGUUCCUCUUGUUUUCAGUUUUUUAAGGUUGGAUUCAACUAUAUUGCAAGCCCAAUAAUGUACUGUCAUUGAAAAACAUUUAAAGUAAAACAGUUUCUUUUUUCAAGGGCAAGCUAAGAAAUGUUCAUAAUAAACAAUAAGAAAAAUUAAAGAGAAUGUAGAAUGAAGAGCUAGGAUAUGUAGGUAUGUGUAUACAAUUUUUGAUGGAUGGUAUUUUGUCAUUUUGUGUCAGUGUUGAAAACAAUAAUCUUUUUAUUUGUUAAACAUCUCUUUCAGUAAUUGCCAUGUGCAGGCAGGUAGUCUGUCUGGGAUGCUGGGUGUUAAUACAUUGUGGACCAGUAGUUUUAUUGCUAGCUUUAAUCAGUGGCCAGAUAAGUUUCUAUUGAACGAGUACAAAAAAUGUUUUACAUAAAUUUUAAAGGCACGCUUUAAAAUUAAAUAUCCAUUGCAUUUUGGAGUUAUUUAUUACAUGUGCUUACAAGCUAAUAUCUUUUUAAAGUAUGUUUGGCCACGAGCCUUAGAACAGGAAAACAUGAGAAUUCUUGUGAUCUCUCUGCAAUGUGUUAAGAGAUGUUAUAUUAAGAGAAAGGAAUACCAACACAGUGUAAUUAUCCUGUUUAGAGGAAUGCCUGUGAUGAAGUUGGGACAAAAGAGAGAUUCAUCUGGAGGGUUAAGGAAGCUUUUCUUAUCAAAUUCUUGAGCUGAAGUUUGGUACACAAUCAGCAAUGGUUGAUUGGACUAGUGGAGAAUAGGAGCAAGGCAAUCGGGUGAAGGAAUCAGUGUAUGAGAGCAUGGGAAUGAUGUGUUUCUGGUUUCAGAAUUGUAAGAAAUGGCCCUUAAGAGGCCAGAAUUGGAGGGGAUUAAGCUGAAGGAAGAGGAUACAUUUCAUUACCCAUGAAAACAUUGGUUCCUAUCUAUUCAGAAUACACUGUUUGUGUAGCCUUUACUUGUAGAAAGUAAGUCUGUCUAGACUAGAGGCUGGUUUGUAUUGUAGUCCACUGUAGACAUCUGGAGCAAUUAUUUUUCUUCCUGAGCUGAGCCAAAGGAGAGCUCUCAAUCAGUGCACCCCUACCCCAUAGCUCAAGCAUUGAAAUAGAAGUGAGAUAUUGGUAGAGAAUAGCUUUGAAGAUGAACAGGAUAAUGUCCCUGAAGUGGAAUAUGACAUCCCAUUAUGGGUGUAUAGUUGCAUACUUUAGGCUUGUCUAUUGGCAGUGUAUCCUCGGAGUAGCUAAAUGUGGGUAAUUUCCCUGUAUGUUGGCUUACAGAUCAUUUGUGGGUGGACUUGUGGAAAAUGAAGAAACUUCUAAAAAAGUUGCUUCAUUGUAGUUAUGAGGUAUUGUAUUGAAGGAAGGCCCUGUGAACUUCGUGCAAGUGGUAUCUCCAGCAGCACACAAAGCACAUUUUGUCAACUUCCUGUUGGUUUUUCCUCUGUUUGAUUUUCUUGCUGCUGUUGUCACUUUCACCUGUUCUCUCUGCAUAAUUCAUCUUUUUUUUUUUUUUUUCCCUGUGCCAGAGGUAGAGCAGUGGCACUCAGGAUUAAAAUGAUGUAACUCUGCUUUGUUUUGCUUUGCUUUAUAUUCAGAUAUAUUUUUUAAUUCCUUUAAGUUCCAAAGUUACAUUUAUUUAUUUAUUUUUGUCCUGUACUGAAGGAGAAUCAAAGUCAUCCUUCCUAGGAGGGAUUUUUAUACAAAUAGAUAUUGUCAGUUUACCCAAAAAGACAAUACAGGAAGAAUCUUAUUUAACAGGCUCAAUGGUACUAGCCUUCUUAACUUACUAAAUUACUUUACAGAAUGGGGUAUAGCUGUAUGUAUGUUUUAAAAUUUGUUCGUAUAAAAUAGAUGAAAAAAAUAAAGUAGAUGUUCUGUGUACUUUGUAUUUGUAAACAAUAACCAUUUGGAGUAGGAUGGAGAUUGCUUUGUACAAAAGGCUUGUUUCCUGGUUCCAAAGCUUUGCUGCUGGAGAUGGUAAAUAAAUAUUGUACUACUUUGCUGUGUUUAUUUCUUCUGCUUUAUCUGUAUUGAAUAUAAAAUUCUUGAGGAAAA